AUGUUAUUAAAAAGAGUAGAUACUUUGACAAUAACAUUAAUACUGAUAAUUCUUUUUUUUAUUUAUCAACCUUUAUUUUUUGGUCAUGUUAAAAAUAGUAUUAAUAAUAAUAAUAAUAAUAAUAAUAAUAAUAAUAAUAAUAAAAAUAAUAAUAAUAAUAAAAAUAAUAAUUAUUAUUAUUAUAAUUAUAAUAUAAAAAAUAAUAAUAAAAAUAAUAAAAAUAAAAAUAAUAAUAAAAAUAAAAAUAGUAAUAAUAAUAAUAAUAAUAAUAAUGACGGUAAUGAAGCAGGAUUACCCAAUUUAGAAUUGAAUAGUAUAAUUAAUGAAGAAAUAAUUUAUGAUGAUUUUAAAUCAAUACCAAUAGAAUUGAAUGAAAAUGAAAAGAUAGUAAAGGAUAUUGUAAUGUCUAGAGAGUGUGAAUAUGUCGAUUUAGUAUAUACAUGGGUAAAUGGUUCAGACCCAAAACAUUUUGCAACAAAACAAAAAUUAAAAAAUAAAAGUCAAAUAGUACCCGCUUCAUCUUUUAGAGAUAUUGGUACUUUAAAAUAUUCUUUAAGAAGUGUUAGACAAUAUGCUCCUUGGAUAAAGAAUAUUUAUAUAAUUACAGCUGACCAAAAACCUGAUUGGUUCGACUCUGAAAAUCCUGAUAAUGUUAGAUUUAUUUCUCAUAGGGAUUAUUUUCACAAUAAGUCAGAUUUACCAACAUUUAAUUCAAAUGCGAUUGAAGCAAAUUUUUGGAAUUUACCAGUACAAGUUUCAAAUUGUUUUUUAUAUUUAAAUGAUGAUAUUUAUUUUAGUAGACCAGUAAAUCAGAGUGAUUAUUUUGAUGAAAAUUUUAAUCAAGUUGUUUUUACAACACAAGAUGAAUUGUGGACAAAAUCAGAAAAUCUUAACAAAUUUGAUCAAUAUAGUAAAGCGAUACUAUUCACAAAUAGAGCAUUAGCAUCAGUUUGGCAAGAGAUUGUGAUAAGGAAAUUCCCAGCUCAUGGAGUUCAGAUUUUUAAUAGAAAGAUAUGGUAUAAAAUUCAAGAAGAAUUUGGUACAGCUUUAGAGAUAACAUCAUCAAAUAAAUUUAGAAGUAUUUUAGAUUUUCAAAUUGGGCAUUUAUAUAAUCAAGUUGCCAUGAAACAUUCAAAUUGUACAAUCAAGAAUGACUCUGAUGUAUUGUAUAUUUUAUUAAAUGUAGACAAAUACGAUCAACAGUUAUCAUUGGUGAAUUCAUCUAGAAAUCAAAUGAAUACAGUAUGUUUAAAUGAUGGUUUAGAUUUUUUUAAUAAUGAUCUUCAAAAGAAAUUUGAUAAUACAUUUAAUUAUUUAUUUCCAAAUCCAUCACCUUUUGAAAUCAAACCAUUACCAUUUCAAAAAAAUUUCAUUUUUGCUAUUAUUUUUGUAUUAUUACUAUUAUUAAUUUUAAAAGUUUUAAUAACAAAAAAGAAAAUAUUUAUUUAUUAA